GAGAGAGAGAGAAAGGAAGGCGCAAGGUUGCUCUGUGCUCUGCUGGAGAGAGAGAUGAACCAUGGCUAAUCUUAAAGACGUGAUAUUAUUUAUUUAAAAAGCUAUGAAGCUAAAGCUGCACUCCCAGUCCCAGUCCAGAGACUUGAUUCUGCAUUUUCUCUGCAAGCAACUACGGCUAAAGCUACUUUUCCUCCUCUUUUUUUUCUUCCCCUCCCUCCUCUGUACGUUUCUCUUCAUUCCUGGCGGAUCAAUCUGUGCUGGAUGUGCGCUCAAUAUUUCCCAAUGGUGAUUAAUCCUUUGAGCCGCUGCAAGGAGCUGGGACACCAAAAUUGCCUCCUUGGAGCGCAACAUUCGAGAUCUGGAGGAUGAGAUCCAGAUGCUGAAGGCGAACAGUUUACUGAACACGGAGGACCGAGAGGAAGAGAUCAAACAGAUGGAGGUCUACAAGAACCACUCAAAGUUUAUGAAGACGAAGAUCGACCAACUGAAGCAGGAGCUGUCAAAGAAAGAGUCGGAGCUGCUGGCUCUGCAAACAAAGCUAGAGACCCUCAACAACCAGAACUCGGACUGCAAACAGCACAUCGAGGUGCUCAAAGAGUCACUCACUGCCAAGGAGCAACGUGCUGCCAUCCUGCAAACAGAGGUGGAUGCCUUACGUCUGCGUCUGGAAGAGAAAGAGUCGUUCCUGAACAAGAAAACCAAACAGCUUCAGGACCUGACAGAGGAGAAGGGAACGCUCGCCGGAGAAAUCAGAGACAUGAAGGACAUGCUGGAGGUCAAAGAAAGGAAGAUUAAUGUCCUGCAGAAAAAGAUUGAGAACCUGCAGGAGCAGCUGAGAGACAAAGACAAGCAGCUGGGGAACCUGAAGGACAGAAUAAAGUCUCUGCAGACCGACUCCAGUAACACAGAUACUGCCCUGGCCACCCUGGAGGAGGCGCUGUCAGAAAAGGAGAGAAUAAUAGAGCGAUUAAAAGAACAAAGGGAGAGGGAGGACAGAGAACGCCUGGAAGAGGUGGACCUGUAUAAGAAGGAGAACAAGGAGCUAAAGGAGAAGGUCAACAGCCUGCAGAUAGAAUUAACAGAGAAAGAGUCCAGCCUCAUCGAUCUCAAAGAGCAUGCAUCGUCUCUGGCGUCCUCCGGCCUGAAGAAAGACUCCAAGCUCAAAUCACUGGAGAUCGCCAUCGAGCAGAAAAAAGAGGAGUGUAGUAAGUUGGAGACGCAGUUGCAGAAGCAAGCUGAGCAGCUAUUCAGUCACAUGAACAAUCCUAAAGCUCACGAGGUGGAGCAGCAGUCGGGCUCCAGAGUGAACCCAGAGUACGUGGACCGAGUCAAGCUGCUGGAGAAGGAAGUGAGCUACUACAAGGACGAAGCAACCAAAGCUCAGACGGAGGUGGAGAGACUCUUGGACAUCCUGCGCGAGGUGGAGACGGAGAAGAACGACAAGGAUAAGAAGAUUGCUGAGCUGGAAAGGCAAGGAGGUAAAGAUCAAACUAAGAAGGGUCCAAACAUCAAACUGGGACCACAAGGGGACAAGAAGGGUUUAGGACAGGACCUUCGUAAGGAGAGCUCUUUAGAUGGUGGCCACCACAUAAAGCUGGAGGAGCUGAUGAACACGCUGGAAAGGACAAGACAGGAGCUGGACGCCACCAAGCAGCGUCUCUCCUCCACACAGCAGUCGUUACAGGAGAGGGACAGCCAUCUGACCAACAUGAGACAAGAGCGCAGGAAACAGCUGGAGGAGAUCCUGGAAAUGAAACAACAAGCUCUGCUGGCAGCCAUCAGUGAGAAGGAUGCUAACAUUGCACUGCUGGAACUGUCCGCCUCCAAUAAAAAGAAGACCCAGGAGGAGGUGCUGGCUCUGAAGAGGGAGCGAGACAAACUGAUGCACCAGCUCAAACAACACACUCAAAGCAGAAUGAAGCUGAUAUCCGACAACUACGAGGAUGAGCCGUACCAUCCCCACGCUCCUCACCACCAGCCGCAGGUCCCACAUGCUCAGCCUCAGCCCCAGCCCCAGUACCCCCACCCAGCCCAUGCCCAGCAGUCUCUGUACCCACACGCCCCACACCCACAGCACCUGCAACACCCACAGGCCCAACCUCAGCACCCACAUCCACAGCAACCACAACCACAGUACCCUCAGCACCCUCAGUCUCUGCCCCAGCACCAACAACAUCCCCGCGCCCCACAGCCCCAGCACCCCCACCAACAACACCCCCAACACGUGCCACCUCAUGGACAUCCCCCAGCCCAGCAUCCGCACCCUCAGCACCCACAUGGCCCUCCCCAACCAGGACCACACCCCCAACAUCCUCAGCAUCCUCAACACCCACAGCACCCACAACACCCUCAACACCCUCAGCACCCACAACACCCGCACCUCGCCCAGCACCCACGGCAUCCCUCGCCCCACCAUCGAGGAGGACCGGUCCGAGGACCCCCACAUGCUGGCCACCGCCCGUCCCCAGACCAGGAUGACGAGGAGGGCAUUUGGGCAUAGCUGUGACAACCAAAGUUGUUUUGAGGGAUGAUUCAGUCACUACUGGAGGAGCACGGCCAACCCAUGAUGUUAAAACACCACCCAGUUAAAUCUUUGUUACUUUCAGUGAAUCAGUACUUGGAAACAGUGGGACCUUUGUUUUUGUUUUAUUUUUAUUUUUUGGAGAAGGAGGAGGUACUCAGGUGUACAGAUUCUGUGUUGGGAUUGGCAGCUGAGAGGGUGCCACGGGACCUCCGCUUUGAACAAGAAAAACAUCCUACUCUUUCAUUCACGAACUAGAGAGAAAGCCGGAUGUCAAAAUGUUGCUUUGACAGAUGUGCUCACCAUGAAACGGAGGUCUCAGAGAAGUCACCUCACCUGUCGGUCACCUGCUGAAGGAGACUUCUUCAUCCUCCCAGCUGAGAUCUCAUGACAGUCUCUGCCAGCCCAGAAUUCUUUCCAUCGUCCUUCUUCCUCCGACUGUUUUACCUGCCUGACUCRCUCUUUGGGCUCCGAUUGGCCCCUCAGCCUGACGCUGACCUGUUUCCUCCAUUCACGCUGCCUUCCUGCCCCUGUGGUGACAUCUGUCCCCUUCAUGUAGCUCUCAUGACUCUCAGUGUGCUAUUUAAGUGAUCAGUGGGCUGUAGUCAUCAUUUGCGGGACACAGGGAUUGAUUAUUACACCUUCCCACAUCCUCCAUGACCCUCCAUCCUUUAAUGAACUCUUCAUGCUUCCCACGCCUCAUUUCAGCCAUUUUAGGUUUUCUGUUGCCAUUUUUUUGUUGGCACAAGGAAGUACUUUUGGCUAACCAAUGGGAGCACCUUGAGCCUUUCCUGCUGUGUUUCCUUGGCAGCACGAUCCGUACAGGCUUUGACUCUAACCCUCAAAGCUGCAGCUCUUAUCAGCAUCUUUUUAUUCACGUUACCUCAUGUCAAUCAGAAAUAGUCACAUAAAAAUCAAUCUAUGCAGAUGUCAACAUAGAGGGGAUGUUUUGUUUAAUUAUCCAUGUGUAUUUGAAUUAGUGUAAUUAUUAAUCAUCCAAUCAGAGCGACCAAGAACACGGUCAUCAGAUUCUUAUGAUUUUAUGAGACUAUGCACCUCCUCUGUGUUGCAGGAACUUUUCCUAAUGGUGCUUCUGCUGGUGCUCAAACUAAACGGUAUCAGAAGACCUAACCAGAGCAUCUUUCAGUCCUUUUAACAGUUGAGGGACUUGAUCCCACGUCGGGCUUCAUAAACAACUGUAAAAGACUGCUUUGUACAUACAGUUCCACAGUGGGGAGGCUUUGUGAACAAUGUUAACACGAAUCAUACACAUUUCCCUUGAGAAAUAUUACAAUAGGUAUCGUUAUAKACUAUGACGUGGUGAAAGAGUCCAGUAGAUGUUUCUGAAAUCUGAACUACAGUUAAGGGCCUGCUCUCCUCGCCCUUCUUCACUUCCAGCAGUAGUCUGUGUGACCUCCCCCACACAUAGUGACUCGUCAUCUCCUCAACAAGGUGGCCUGUGCCUCGUAAAAUAUGUAUACAUAAAAUAGAUAUGCAUAUAUUAUACAAAUACUAGAGAGAAAUCUAUAGAGUGUGUCUAUAUGUGGUCAAAAAAAGUUUCAAACUGACAAGAUAUGAUUCCCCCCCUCCUUUAUAUUUAUUUUUCUAACUGGCUGAAGGUCAGAGAUGCUUUAUUUAGAGUUUCAUCUAUGCUGUGAGAAAACCCUUCAGCACCAAGUUAACAUUCCUUGUCUGAAAAUGCAGGACAGCCCAAAUAAAAACAGCUUUAGAGCAGCAGUAAAAAAAGUACAUUUAGAAAUGUAUCCAGAAAAAUGAAUACACUAGACAAGAUAUGAUUACAUUCCUUCCUAAUAAAGGUAGAGUUCAGCUCUUUUAAAGUGGGGUUCUGUGGAAAAGUUGUACUAUCUACUGCUAAUAGCAAGUGGGAGAAAAGCUGAAACAGGGCUGCCCUGUGGCAUMGGCAGWAUAGGCAAAUGUUAAGAAAAAAAAUGUAUGACUUUUAUUAGAGUAUAGUUGAUUUAGUUUGUAGAAUAGUCACUGGUUACUCAGGUUAAUGAAGGUAACUUGCCCAGCUUUGUUACUACAUGAGGUGUUUUGUGGUGCAGAGGAUAUUUCAUGAUAAAAGUAUCAUGAUGCAGUCRAGACUAAWUGCUGGUGAUAAGUGCAAUAUGUAACAUAAAACAAAAUCUUUUCAGAUAAAGUUCAGGUUAAAGUCUAGUUUUCAGUGUUCUACCUUCAUAAAAUAUUGAUUUUAUGUUCUUUCAUUAAUCCCAAGAUUUUAGUAAAAAGCUCUUCCAAUGACCAGAAAAUGCAGUUUUAAAUAGAUCUUUGAUAACAUUUUCCGGGGGAGUUUACCCCUGGACCCCCCUAGAACUGCUUCACUCCACAGCUGCUCGUUAACAUGAACAGGUGUUCCUCAUUGCU